CAGCAUUCAGUAAACGGAAAAGUAGGAUUCAUCCUCUACACUCCGUCUCCGAACUCUCAUUCCGCUUGUCAUCUUUCGCUUUUGGCAGGCGGCAGUACGAAACUGUAUUAGCGUUUUUAUCUUCGCGCAUCAAAAUGUCGGCUGAAAUGUUAGCAAUGAGCGAAUACGGCCGUGAUCCUCGGAAGCAUCAUUUCAGCCCUUACGCUGACAAUGGAGGAACCACCAUUGCUAUUGCUGGUGAUGACUUUGUCAUGGUUGGCAGUGACACCAGGCUGACAAAUUAUAGUGGCAUUCUCAGCCGAAACCAGACAAAAGUUUUCCCCCUCACCGAGAAGACAAUGAUUGCCUCAACUGGCUGCUGGGCAGAUGUUCUCUCCCUUUACAAGGAUCUUCAAGCCAAGUUAACGCUGUAUUCCCAAGAACACCAUGACGAGAUGUCCACUCCCGCCAUUGCUCAGCUGGUAUCCACAGUGCUCUACUGGCGCAGGUUCUUCCCAUACUACGUCUCCAACAUGGUUAUCGGGCUUGAUGAAGAUGGAUCAGGUGUGGUGUAUCACUACGACCCUGUGGGCCACAUGGAAAAGCUUCGUUUCAGUUCAGCUGGAGCAUCAGUAGCACAGAUACAACCUCUGCUUGAUAAUCAACUCGGUGCCCUCAACAUGAAAGACGCCGUGCCUCCUAAGGUUACUAAGGCUCUGGCGCACCAGUUGAUGCAUGACGCAUUCAUCUCGGCUGCAGAACGAGACGUCAAGACCGGCGACUCGUGCAUCAUCUACACCGUCACCAAAGACGGCGUCGCUGAAGAGCAGGUCAAGCUUAGGAGAGAUUAGCUCGCACUCAACUCAACGCGUUACGCUCUGAGCGAAGUAAUGUUGUUUACGUACAUUUUUUAACAA